CUCAAUAUCUGUAUACAUAUGUGAACAUUUUAAAUUGUUCAACUUUUCAAAAUAUAUAUAUAAUAUACCAGCCUAUGGUGGUUAUUAACCACUUUGUUACCUGAAAAUUAGUCUUGUAUUGUAUAGCAAGUAUUUUGUUAUUUUAUUGGUGUCCGGACAUCUGAAAAGUUUUUAAAAACUUUCGCUAUUCGCUGAGUGUGGUCCAAGUCAUGGUUCUUGUUUGUCUAGUUGUAUUUCUCAGCUAUUGUGUACUUCAUGGUCUGGGUCACAAUCCUAUAAGUUACAUGUGUGGAAACUGUUCUGACCCCACGACCUGUGACCCUCAAGAUGGACGUUGUACUGGGGGUUGUAAGAUUGGCUACAUGGGCCUAAGUUGUGACGAGUUAUGUAGUAACUGCGCAGGUAAUGGAAGCUGUUCACAGAUAAAAGGCGUGUGCCACAACGGAUGCAGGACAGGUUUUCGUGGCGACAUCUGCAUCCUAGAAUGCCAUAACUGUGCCGGAAGUGGCGCGUGUGACAUUGAGUCCGGUGCUUGCCUUGAGGGAUGUACGAAUGGCCACUGGGGAGAUGAAUGCACGUUCAUGUGUGGGGCCUGCUCUGGUAACGGGUCUUGUGAUCGGCAUUCUGGAAGGUGUCAUUCCGGAUGUUUACUUGGCCACAAGUUUUAUGAUUGCCAUGGAACCUGCAGUACUUGUGUAAACACCACAUGUAACCAAGGCGACGGGCAUUGCAUGCACGGAUGCUACCCUGGUCACUAUGGGCUUGACUGUGAAAAAGCAUGCAUGCACUGCAGAGCUGACAACCCGGAGUGUGAUCGAACAACAGGGGCGUGUCUAUUCGGAUGUAAAUCAGGAUUGGUGAAUCCUUUCUGCGAAGAGGAAUCCAUUCACACAGAUGAAAGCAUACAUUUCAAUAUAGCCGUGUUCUACAUUAGUCUCUUGUUUAUCAUCGCGGUGUUGGGAGCUUUCGUUAUCUGUAAUUACAAGCAUACCUCCAAAAGUCCCCCGCUUCUGGGCUCAAAAUCUGCACUAGGCCUACACUCAAGUCAGUCAUUUCGUGAAUCAGCACACAGCAUCACAUUCUUUUAGGUGGCGCUACAAAAGUUUAAUUCAAAUUUUGUAAUGAAAGAAACAAACAUGCAAC